AUGGCCGGAAGCAGAAGUACGGUGGACGAACGUCUGAUUGCUCGCUUCAAUCAGGAGCUGGGGGCAGAUCUCAAAAACAUCCACAAAUGUGGCGAUUUGGCCAAGUAUUAUCGGUCCGAGUUGGAGGAUUUGCGAGACAAGAUUACAGUUACCGAUGCAGGAUGCAUUCCAAGCGUGAAGAGUAUGAUCGAUACGGGUCGAACCAAACUGAAAGAGCUGGACGAGAAGGAGACCAGUUUGGAUGCAUUUGAGGAGAAUAUAAGUGGUCGGAUCGAAGUAUACCAUCAGCUGAUGAAGGAGGUGGGUGACAAGAUGCAGGAAAUCCGGGUGCUCCAAACCGUACGAGACUACAUGGCGUUGGUGAAGGACAUCGAGAACAUUAGUCAGGAGCUGGAAGCGUCUAUCAACGGAAAGGAUGAUAGUAAACCAAUCGCGCUGUACGUGGCACUUACCGGUCCGAACAGCAUUCUCGAUCGUAUCAGUGGCAUUGAGGCGCCGCAUCUGAAGAUGUACGCUCGUAACACAGCGUUUCACUGGCAUGAUGUGCUGACGGCGAAAUAUUCGGCUGAAUUUGAAUCUUUGCUGAAGGUAAUCAAAUGGCCGAAUCUGAACCAAUCGCUGGAUCAGUUUAAUCCUUCCAAAGAUCACGUCAACAAGCUCGUACUGUUGGCGGAACAUCUAUUCCUGGUGAAGUUGCCCGGUGACCAGGAUCUGCUGAACGUCAGACUCACGCCGUGCAUUAUCUGUCCGCAUUAUACGACACCGAUAGCACUGUUUGUGAAACCGUUCAGAAUGCGCUUUCAGUUUCAUUUUACGGGUAAUAAGCAAACGAAUCGACUGGAUCGACCAGAGUGGUAUUUGACGCAGGUGCUGAUGUGGGCCAAGGAAAAUCACAUCUUCGUUGGUCAGCACUUUCAAUCGCCUGCACUUAGAGCCGGUAUAGCGAACAGUAGUGUACGGUUGGAAUUCGUUCGUGGAUUGGUACAACUAGCCAUAGAGAAAUUGAUUGCAGACAUCGAACAGAUCGUACAGGACGAGGCGUUGUUUGCACAUCUGAUCGACGAGGUAUUACCAUUUGAACAGGAUCUAAAAACAUCGCUCGGGUAUCCGAACAGCUAUCCCAGUGUGGUAUCGGUGCUAGUGCAGCCUCUCUAUUUUCUUAAAUGGAUGGCUAUAGAGAAGAAAUUCACAACGGAUAAGAUGGAUGCCAUGCUUAACAUAGAAGAUCCCUUUGAACUACUCGACCCGGCUAACUUGGAUGAAUUGAAAAUUCCCAAAUGUGCCGAUCAGUUCAUACGAUUGCUGGACGCAAUCAAAGAGCGAUAUUGCUGUCUCCCGCAGCCUAGUCAGCAGCUACAGUUCCUAGAACUGCAGCUCGAACUGAUCGACAAUUUUCGAUGUCGCCUACUGCAGCUGUACAACGACGGUGUGAAUCCGACCAAAAUUCUGAACGCACUCAACUAUCUGACCUCGGUGCUGCGUGAGUGGGGUGAGAAUGUGCACUACCUGCAUCUACAUGCCGCUCUGUAUGGCCCAGAUGUGGACGAAAUCAGUUCCGUGUUCGAUCGUACGAUUGAAGAGCUAAACUACUGCCAUCAGAAGCUCGUGGAGGAACUGGUGACGUGGAUUGUGCAUGAAAUCACAUCGAGAUCGCGCCCGUAUCGGUACGACUUGUGGCCUUCGAUGAACCCUCAUGAUGCGAAAGAAACGCUCAUGGUAUCGGCAUCGGCAAGCGAAAUGUUUCAGAUGACCAUCAACCAUCUGCACGACAUGGAGCAGGAACUGUCGACGAAUGUGUUCAUGAUUGUGGUGCGUAUGAUCGCGACCGAGCUGGACCAAUGGGUGAUCUCCAGCAUGGUGAUGAACACCAAAUUUUCCAGCGGCGGUGCACAACAGUUUCAUUUCGAUAUGACCCGCAACCUGUUCGGGCUGUUUAGUCAGUAUGCAAAGAAAACGAAUUUAUUGUUUAAACGGAUUAAUGAUACAUGCACAUUGCUCACGAUGCCGCUUGGUUCUGCCAUGCUGCUGAGAGAAACGUUACUAUCGGAAACGAUAGACGAGGAUGGUUUGACGCGUGCCCUUCAGGAGGUGGGUUUAAUAGUGUUCGAUAAAAACAUGACCCUUGCAGUGCUCGAUCGACGAAACGAUAUGCCACGGAUUGGCUGA